AAUCACGAUUAAUUGGGAUACUUAGCGGUAGUUGUGGUCGUUCGUUUUCGCCCGGGUUCGGGACGGUCCUGUGUAUUAUUAAGUUUUCUUGUUUCAUGUAUUUUGUAAGUAUAUUUCUCUGUUAUAUUAAUAAAAAUGUAUGUAUUGUAUUUUUUGUAUGUUACUUGAGUGAGGAUUUACAUUAGUUACGGAGGUGAGGUCUUUCAUGGGUUCACUCUGGGUGGCCAGUCGUGACGCAGGCGGUGCCGGCUGUGUGAGGUGCCCGUGCUCCUGGGUCGGCCUUGUAAGGAUUUACACGGUGACGGCUGCGAUACUGGGAGUAGGUGGUGGAAUGCCGGUGACCGACGUUGUUAUCGCCAAGGGUUGUGCAGGGUCCGCCGAUCUGUGUGUGCUUUAGGAUGCAUUGUGGGUGUCCAGUGACGGGAGGUACCGCGUUGAAACAACACAGCAUUAAAGUUGCAACGUCCUGCCCGCUCUAUCAUUGGUCAUCCUACAUUUCAACGCGGCUCCAAGAUGGAUGGGAAGGACAUACAGAAGGUGAAGGAUGCACGCACGGUAGCCAAGAGGACAUUCACGAGGAAAUGCAAGCUUUUUGAUGAAGCAGUUACUCGGCGUGACGCUAACGUUGUGUUAAGUGACAUCUGUGCAGAGGUAUGUGAUGUGUUUACGAAAGUUGAACGAUGUCACGAGGAAUACGUGUCGAUCCUCGUAAAAAAUGGUGAGGAAGAAAGUGUCAUUGCGGAAGCUGAACAAUACAUUGAUGAACUAGAAAGGAGAAAGCUUGAUUUGGUGGCCACUGAACGUAAAUUGUGUUCAGGGAAGGAUCCAGACAAAGAUGGAUUGCUUAAGGUGAAAAGUAUUCAGCCUCCAGUGUUUAAUGGGGAGAUUAGGACCUACCCCACCUUCAAGGAAGACUAUAAGAGAUUGAUGGAAAGUAGUUUUCGUAAAGACCCUUAUGCUCUAAGGUCAUGUCUGAGUGGUGCAGCACUCGAUGCCGUCCAAGGAGUAGAGAAUGAUUAUGACAAAAUGUUCAACAGAUUAGAUGAAAAAUUUGGAGAUAAUUGUAAAUUAGUGGAUACCCUGUUAUGUGAUUUGAAGUCAACCAAACCUAUCAAUGAAGGUGAUAUCAAAGGGUUCGUUAGGAUGGUAGAAAAGUUUGAAAGAUGCUGGCUUGACAUGAGAAGGAUGAAUCUAGAGAGAGAAAUGAACACUGUAAACAUGGUGAGCUUUGUGGAGAGAAUUAUGCCUGGCACACAGAGACGUGAGUGGGUUAUUUGGUCUGAGAAAUAUAGAAAUUCCACAGAUCUUUUUGAAAGAUUAAUGGAGUUUUUACUCAGGGAAAAAAGGGUACUUGAGUAUAUGGAUUCAAGCGUAAGAUGUAAUGCAAGCAACAAAAUUUGUCAUAAUGCCAUUAGUCAGGUAGAUAAAGAAGGAAGUGAUGGUGGCAUGACAUCUAUUAUCAAGAAACUCCAGGAAGAUCAGAAUGAAAUGAAGCAAUGCUUGAAUCAAUUAACACAGUCCAUACGUGAUCUAGGAUUGGGAAAGGGUGAUUCAGAGCAGUCUCAAUAUCAGGGUAUUAAGUGUUGGCUACAUGAUUCUUACUCCCACAGCAUACAUAAUUGUAAUGAGUUCGUGGGAAUGAGCAAUAGUGAUAAAGUGGAAGUAGUGAAGAGAAAUCGGAUUUGUUUCAGUUGUCUAAAGGGGAGUCAUAUGUCAAAGAAGUGCUGGUCGAAGAGACCAUGUAAUAUUGUCUCGGAUGGACAAAGGUGUGGCAAGGACCACCAUCCCUUACUUCAUGAAGCCUAUAUUGAGGGGCUAAUGUUCCACAUGACACUGACGGGAAAAUUGGAAAGUAGAGUAAGAGACAGGACACUGUUGAUGAUGAACAAAUUGUAUUCCACCAACUGUUCCACACCUUUGAACACACUUUGGGAUCCUGGAAGUGACAUAACUUUGGUGAGAUUUGACGCAGCGUCUAGAUUGGGCCUCACCGGUAAAGAAGUAACUCUGUCAGUCACUAAGGUUGGUGGGAGAACCGAACGGCUGCAUAGUCGAGAAUAUAUCAUCCCCCUUAAGGAUUUGGAUGGGAAAAUUUGGCGUAUUACUGCAUACGGUAUUGAGAGCAUAACAUCAACCGUUUGUAAGGUAGACUUAACUGAAGUGACGAAAUUAUUUGAAGGCGUUUCUGUUACUGAUCUUGACAUGCCAGAGGGCGACAUUGAUUUAUUAAUAGGUACGGACUGGUGUAACCUAAUGCCUGAGGUUAUAUCGUCUGUGGGUACCUUACAGCUUAUGCGGAGUAUGUUCGGGUACUGCAUUCGUGGGUCACACCCUUUGAUCAAGUUCCAUAAACCAGGGAGCAAUGUUUUUGGAGUCAGGAUUAGUCAUAUUGCUUGUUCCAGGAACCUUAGUGAGUUAAGAGAGGAAGAUAACUUUAAGUUGAAGAUGAAUUUAGAGAAGUUUUUUGAAAUUGAAGGUUUAGGUACUUAUUGUGUCCCCAAAUGUGGAGGUUGUAAAUGUGGUUCAUGUACCCCAGGAGACAAAAAUUACAACCUUAAGGAAAGAGAGAGUUGGCAUUGA